AUGAAAGGGCAGACACGGUUUGGAGUGAAAGGAAAGUUGGCACCAAGGUACAUUGGACCGUAUGAAGUCAUUGAGAAAAUCAAUUUGGUAACAUACCAAGCACCUCUACCUUCGGUCAUGGAACAUAUGCAUAGUGCUUUUCAUGUUUCGAUGCUUCGGGACUACUUGAGAGAUCCAUUACAUGUGAUGGAACUGACUCAUGUGCUUCUGAAAGAUGACUUCACCUAUAAAGAACGACCAAUCCAAAUUGUGAAUCGUCGAAUCAAAAGACUGAGAAAUAAAGAAAUCCCAUUGGUGAAGGUUGAUUGGCAAAAUCAUGGAGAAACUUAUGCAACAUACGACAUGGAAGAGGACAUGAUGAAGAGAUACCUUGAUUUGUUUUCUCUAGACCUGGCAUUUUUCUAA